AUGAUCAAGCCAACUUUACCCUACCGCCUACAACUAUGUCUCCGGUUUAUGACACUUUUAUCAAAACUGACAACCACAGAGAAAACUCUCUCUUUCUUGGAUUCAUCACAACUGGGAAGCGUCACAAAAGCAAUCGAACAAACGGUACAUGCCAUUAUAGAGUUAGAUCCUAUCGCAGUUUAUGUCACUACUGUACGAAGCCUGGAAGUUUCUUCGACGACUACAUCCUCUCCUUCUUCAACGUCAAACGAAGCUCAACGACAAUUCUUGGAAAUUCUGACUUGUAUUUGUGAUGGUCUUGAUAUUGUUUCAAAAUUAUUUGGUUUGAUAUCUACUGGUGUUCUAGAAACAAAGAUGAUCUAUGAAGAUUUGAUACUGACCUGUCUACAAAUGAUAAAAAAUCAACUCGACAAUACUAUAUACCCGUUGAUUGAGGUGAACGAUUGUACGGAUGAAAUAACAGGCGCGAUCGGUGAUGCUCAAUUACUUUUAUCUUUUGCCAAUUCAAAUUCCAAAGCCAAACAUAUCAUGUCUCGUUUCCUACCUUUGAUUUCUCGGAUUAUACGACGAACGCAUUGUUUGGUUCAAAAAGACGACACGGAUGAGCAUGCAGUGAUUGUUCUCGCUUAUAUCAGUAUGGGAUCAUUCUUCCACGAUUACAACAAUAAAGUAACAACAAUCACAACAACUUCUGAACCUAUUUAUACCAACAUCACAUACUAUAUGUCUGCACUCAAUACGUAUGAACAUCUCAAAUUGGUGUCGUUGGAUAUGUUACGCAACGUAUUUGGUCACUUUCCUCGACAUCGACGUUGGAUUCUCGAAGAAAUUCUUACAAGUAUUGGAUCACUGACCACCGUUGAUUAUCGAGAUAACAAACGAUACAGUGGCAACGACAAGAUUCAUAUUCUUAGUGCGUUAUUUAUGCAACUCAUUCAAUGUUGUGAUUAUAGUCUAGAUGGUUCUAUACAAGUUCAACGCACUUGGUUGAAGAAAUGGGAACUCAAGGUUCAAAAGGUUGAGAAAGAUAUUGUCAAACGCAAGGAAUUGGAUCAAGCAUUGACAAAUAGGGCCGCUGGUGUUUGGAAAAAGGGGAUUGAAAGUGCGGUACAAAAUACAACCUACUUUUUAGAAUUUUUGAUGAGCAAGUAA